AUGGAUAACUCAUCAAAACGCGAAAUCUUGGUUGGAUUCGGCGUUGAUGCCGAUGCAGAGCACGGCUAUAACCCAUUCCUCCACACCUUCCUUGCGUUUUCUCUUCCUCUCCAGGUGAAGAGAUUGACUGACUUCUUCGGGAUCAGGCUUGGGCGAGGCGGUGGUUCCAACCCAACAGACAUUUCCCGAGGCGUCUAUGCAGGAGAAGUCGGCAUCCCUCGUCUCCUCAAAUUAUUCGAUCGCUUCGGCAUAAAGACCACGUGGUUCGUCCCCGGGCAUACUUUAGAAACAUUUCCAGAGCAAAUAGCCGCGGUUCGCAAUGCCGGACAUGAAAUCGGUCUUCAUGGUUACUCACAUGAGGUUAGCCAGAAAACUUUGAAUGCAGAGCAGCAUCGCGAUAUGCUGGAUCGUGCUUAUAACCUUCUGACCAACUUCUGUGGAGAUGUACCACCCAAAGGCAACACUGCUCCAUAUUGGGAGACAAGUAACGAAGGCAUAGACCUAUUGCUUCAGAAGGGAAUAGAGUAUGACCAUUCCUUCAUGGCACAUGACUCUCAGGCGUAUUACUUGCGCGAGGGCGACAGUUGGACACCGAUCGACUAUAAUGCUCGUGCAGAAACAUGGAUGAAGCCGCUAACACGAGGAAACGGAACUGGAUUGGUGGAGAUCCCAGCUAACUGGUAUCUUGACGAUUUUCCACCUCUAGUUUUCGUCAAGUCCAACCCCAACUCGCAUGGCUGGGUAAACACUCGCGAUGUUGAGGACCUCUGGAAGGAUACGUUCUCCUACUUCUACAAAGAAGAGAAAGACUUCAUCUUUCCGAUAACUAUUCACCCAGAUGCUAGCGGUCGCCCACACGUUCUUAUGAUGCUGGAACGAUUUAUAACAUGGAUAAAUACUCACGAGCACGUUAAAUGGGUGCCAUUCAUAGAGAUGGCGCGUGCUUUUCGUGCAAAGAAUUCGCCUGCACCAGGUGCACGCAUGCCCGCUGGUUUCCGAGUUUAA